UCGAGCUCCACCUCGCUUCCCCCAAUUCGCAGCCUUUCGCAUCAAUCUCGCACCAACCGCAGAAGCGACGCGUUCCCGGUUGAAUGGUCUCGCGCUGGCGGCAGCCAUGUCGUCGUCUUCCGCGCCGCUCGCCCCGAAACGAAGUUCCGCCAGCGCCGGACCCGGCAGCAGCACCGCCAACAACAUCAGCAGCAAAAACAACAGCGCCAGUUCUCUUCGCGAACGGCUCGCAGCCGUGCUCCCUCGAGGUUACAAGUUCGGCGUUCACCACAUCUCGACCCCCCCGACGCGGGCCCAACCCCUCUGCCCCGCCCCACCGGGCCACCGGCCAGACAAGACUUACAAGGAGAGCCAUUUCCUCGCAGUCUCGAUCCUGACCGACCCCGCCAAUGCCGCCGUGCCGGUGAAACGCGCCUCCCCGGGCGCCGGCCAGGCCAAGGAGGCUGAGGCGAGAAAACGGGUGCUCGUGUUCGCCAUCGAGGUCUUCAUCUUCACCACCGCUUACCAGACCACCCUCUUCGUAUCGAAGGCCGACUCGACCGGCUAUCUCCACCUCCUCGGCCUCCCAACAGGCUCUCCGUCUCCGAUCCGCCAGGUCUGCGCCAUCUUUCUCGCCCACCUCCUGGACCACCGCCAGCGCAGGCACGCCCAGUCCGUCGUCAACCUGUUCGCCCGUGCCCAGGCGCAAUACCUCUUCCCCGGCAGUGUGCGCAACAAGGGGAAACAUGUUCUGGACGACUGGGGCCUCGUCAGGUGGUGGUGCAAGAUCUUGAACCCGCUGAUGGAGGGCCUGAGCAAGCGCUCGUGGGGCAGCACCAAGGGCUACCUGCUCGUGCCCGGCUUGGAGGAGACGGAAAUGCGGGCCUUCAUCCCCCGGACGCCGGCGAGCACCCGGAACUGGGCCAUCGGCCACCCUCUGGAGCGCAUCUCACACUACACACGCGAGCUCGACUGGGUUCCGCCCCGGUGCUUGAUCCCCAGCUACCCGGACGACCCCAAGGCGCGGUUCCGCGACGAGCUUGACGAGGAAGUAUCGAAGCGGAAACAGGGCGCCGGGGCGUGGAAGAGUGUCAGGUCGUUGAGCCAGUUCUGGGAGAUGAUGGCCUUCCGUCAAGAGUGCUCGAGUGGGCGUUUGACUGGCUUCAUCUGGUUGGUCUUUGACCCGCCCGUCAACAAGUCUGAGUCUCUCGGGAAUUCUUCUCCCUCGGCCACCGUGGCAGCACCCAGCCUGGCGACCCCGAACGCCUCCUUCGACUCGUCCUUGACUCCACCGGCGCCGGCAACUCCGCCUCGGCGACGCGUCGAUAUCGCAACCCACACGCCUCAAUCAAGCCCCCUCAAGACAGCGCCUGUGUCCCCUGCCGUGUCUUUGCCGCCACCAUGCAAAGUUUCCAAGAAAAAGGCGAGAAAAAAGCUGUCCGGCCGAAUCGUGCCACGCGCCCCGAAGAUCAAGACCCAGGCGCGGAAUUACCUCCAAGACCGCCCGACAACGACCGCUUACUAUUACUGGCCUCAGGCGGGCCGCGGGGAUAGGCUGGCGAGUGAAGCCGAGUACAAACGCAUCGUCGAGCUGCUGCUCCAUCUGGACUUCUCCACGCUCGAUAAGGCUGCUGGUAGCUCUCAGCGAUGGCUCAAAGAGGUCGGUCUGGGUGAUGCCGCGGAGGGAGAGGUUGUGGGGAAAGCAGCCGCCCCUGAGUCGCUGAGGGUCAACGAAGCCGCUCCCACUGCUGCUGCCGGCAGCAACGCAACCAAUUUAACUGGACUGAUCAGAAGGAAGAACGCACCGCAAUCGACUGCGCCUGAUCCGGGCCGAUCCUCAGAUGCGGCCCUAGACAUUCAGGGCGGGCCUGCGGCCGACUCGUCAGCCGCAAAGCAGGUAAAUGUUCUUGAAUCCGGCCUGGUGCGGAAAAAGAAAAAGGAUUCGAGUGACGAUGCUCGCCGGUAGGUGGUUAUCACCCCCCGACCCGGGGUGGAAUCUCCGCCAUGGUUGCCUCAGCGAUCGCCGCUGGCAGCCUUAGCUGCCUCUUGAUACCAUGCGGCAGUUGGGGUUGAUGGAUGCUUACCUUCCCUAGCAUGGAUGGGGCCAGUUUGCAUAUCAGCCUGGAUCAUUGUCCCUCCCCAACAUCAUUCUGAUCAGAGAGUCCC